AUGCAGAAAAUAAUACUAUCAACCUUAUUGUUGUGUGUAUUAAUAUUCUUAGAUUAUCUUUAUGGAAAGUAGACUUUUAACUUAAGUGAUUCUAUAACAGAAUAUAUGUAAUAAUAAUUUGAUUAUGGAGAUGAAAAUGGAUUAGUAGGUAUAAUAGAAUAGAUGAAUUAUCAUUAGAAAGUUUUUUACUUAUCUUUUAUUUUUUUGGGGGAAGAUAAUUUAUGGGUUUUUUAUUCAUGAUACUUUGGUUAAAUUCAGGAUUGAAAGAGUAAAUUUUAAAAUUAAUUUCAAUGUAUUCAAUUACAGCUUUUCUUGGUCACUUUACCAAACUUAUAUUAAUUCAACCUAGACCUUUUUAUGAAGAAACAGAUAUUCGAUUAGAUUUCUGUUAAAAGGGCUAUGGAGAUCCUAGUGAUAAUUCUUUAAGAUCAAUAGUGUUUUAUGUAAUUUUAUCAGAAACUUUAUUAUUUAAAAAAUAUAAAGUGUAAUCAAAUGAUUUAGGUGUUCUAAGUUCAAUUAAUUAUGAUAAACUACCUCAAUAUCAAUACAAAUUAUUGUCAAAGUAUAUUAUAUAUAUAUUUUAGGAAUGAUCUUUAUACUUAACUUUAUCCAAAUUCAAUGUUUAGUUAUAAUCAAUAUAAAUUAAUGUUAGCUAUCUUUUUAUUCUUCACAGGUAUAUCAAACUCUUAUUUUGGUUUAAAUUAUUUAAGUCAAGUAAUAAUGGGAUGGAUUAUUGGUGGAUAUGUGCUUUAUAUUUAUUAUUUUUGUGAUUUCGAAAAAUAUAUGGAUAAAAUAUUUUUAUUGGCAAUUCAGAAUUAAUCAGAAGAAAUGAAUAAAAAACUUCGAAAUGUAGGUAAAAUGGCAAUUUACUUCGUUUUUCCAUUAAUAAUAUCAAUAUUGCUUUAUAUAUUUAGAAUUAAUAAUGAUGAAUUAAUUCAAUAACAAUAAGAUUGGAAUCAAUUCUUUUAAACUCAUUAAUAGUGUUAAAGUAAAGUUUAUCUUUUUAAUAUGUCAUUUGAGAAACAUGAAAUGAUUGGAAUGUGUAUUAUCAUAUUACCAUUUUAUCUUUACUUAUGUUGUUAUUUUACUCCAGGGUAAUAUAAACCUUAAUUAUACAAUCAUUAAAAUUUAACCUUAAAAGGAUUUAUUAGAAUUUUGAUACUGUUAGGUUUACUCAUUCCAUAGUUGUCAAUACAUAUUUAAAUUAGAAAAUUUAUUAUGAGUAACAAGAUUAACAUAAAUAUCACUUAUUUGAUAAUUGGAUAAUUAUUUUUAGAACUUUAUUUUUCUUUAUUUUUAAUUACAUUAUUACCUUUAUUAUAUAAAUUAUGUAAAGUAGAUAUAGAUGGUGAUUUUUUAAGAAAAAUAAACUAAAUUGAAAUGCAAGAAAUGGAGUUAUGA